AUGCUAUGGCCAAUGGUUUAUACGAGUUUGAAUCUAUAUGAAACAGAUCGAAAGGUCGGUAAUGAACAAUUACAAUUUGAUUGCUUGUAUUAUCAUGUAGAUAAUGAGACAAGUCUUUAUGAUUGGCUACUGACUAAUACAAGUCAGAUUCUUAAGUAUUGUCGUCGUCCUCUGAAUGAAACAAGUAUACCGCGUCUUGAUUUUCUCAAUCAACAUCAAGAUGUUGAAAACUAUACAUUUAAACAAUUGCGUCAGUCAAAUACUACUAUUGAUCAACUAAUUUCAUGGAACGCUUCCGUGGAUCUUGUUGAACGAUAUUUCCUUUACAUUGAACAAUCGAUCAUUGAUGAUCUAGCAUCAGAAGAAACAUUCUAUCAAUGCACAUAUCCGUGGUUUGGUCUUCGAUGUGAGUACAAGCCUGCUCAUAUAUUAAUCGACACAGAUGAUGACCCUAAGGAAAGUUUCUACAAGACAAAUGACUGGUAUGUUAAAGACAUGAUUAAUACUAGCAGAACGUCAUCAUGUUACGUUCAUUUGACAUGUGAUCGCGGAUCGCCUAUGUGUCUUGAUUGGCGUGAAAUAUGCAAUGGUCAAAUCGAUUGUAUUGAUGGCGGUGCUGAUGAAAGACAAUGUUUCCUUUUAGAAAUAAACGAAUGUGCUGAUGAUGAAUAUCGAUGUCAUAAUGGCUUGUGUAUUCCCUUAAAUUUCUACAAAGAUGACGCACAACAUCCAGAUUGUCUCGAUCGUUCUGAUGAGCCAACUAGUAGAUCAUCGUUUAGCUUUUGUUCCAAAGAUCCAAGAUUUCGAUGCGAAGAUCAAGUUUGUCGAUCCAAUGACAUGAGCUUUUCUUGUGCUGAUGGACAAUGUGUUAAUAAUUUUAAGAAGUCAUGUGUAAAUGGACGAAACAACUUAGUAAAAACAGCCAUGUUAGCAAAAGGAAAUUUGUCGUACAACUGUCGGUUAUUUAUGAUUUGUCAUACGCUAAUGAUCGAUAAGAUUAAUGGAGACUUAUGUGCAAAUCUGUCUGUUUUAUCCAACGCCAAUAACUCUGAUCUGUUCAUUUGUGAAUCAUUAUUUCAAUUUCCAACUAUUCCUGUCCUCUAUGGACAUGUACGUUUUCUGUACGACAACAAUCAAUCGAAACUAAUACAAGCGGACAUAAAUCUUAUACUCCCUGAUUACAUUUGUUAUGACGCACAGUUAUGUGAUUUUAUUUCAUUCACAUUUCACUAUCAAAAUUUAACUUGUCGCCAUCGUCAACAAAUAGUCGAAGAUACUAAUCUUGGUUAUGAUGAGUUUUUACUAUCUUUAAACAAUUAUUUUCGUCCUUGUGCAGCUCCGUAUAUAAUGUCCAAUGAUGAACAAUACAUACAACAUUCAUCGCUCUAUUGCUGCAAGAAUUCAUCAAAAUGUAUUUCGAAACAUCGUCUCAUGGAUCGUGUACGAGAUUGUCCGAUGGACGAUGAUGAAAACUAUGAACUGAGCUGUUCUUUACAAGAUACACAUCGUUUCAAAUGCUCCGAUCAAGAUACAACGUGUUGGUCGCCAUCAGUCGAUCCUAAUUCUUGCAACAUAUUUAAUCAGAAACAAAACUUAAAUGAAAUACUUUUCCAAAACAUCUGUGAUGGAGUUGUUCAUCUUUUACCACGAGAAAUCGAUGGACAAAGUCAUAGUGAUGAAACAGAAUGCCAGCAUUGGCCAUGUGAUAAUAUCUACACGAGAUGUGAUAGUUUUAAGGCGUGUCUAGAUGGUAGCGACGAGUAUGAUUGUUUGGAGACUCAGUGUCCUUUAAAUCUUUAUCCAUGCAUCUCACCAAUAAAUUAUACAAUAAUUUGUUUAUUAAUGGAUCAAGUCGCUGAUAAUAUUAUCGAUUGUCUUGGAGCAACAGAUGAACUGCAGUAUUGUUACAUAUCGCAUGCUGAAACAAAUGAUCACUGCUGA